AUGAAAAAUUUUCAAAUUUAUCUUUCAACUGCGCCUGUACUUGCAGCUGUUUGGUUCACGGUACUUGCUGGUAUCUUAAUUGAAUUAAACCGUUUCUUCCCAGACGCGCUCUCUUUCCCUUUAACGUAA